AUGGUGUACUACCUCAAUUCCGCCAUAUCGCCGAUUUACACAUGGAUCCCAAUCAAAGAAGCUUUGGAGAGAGCGUGGGAACCAUAUGUCACUAAGGGUGGGAAGCAUGAUGCAAAGAGAUCGGGUCUUACUCAUAAGUUCGACUUCCCCAUCGCUCAACAAACUGGACUCAUGUGUGGUUUUCAUGUUUGUCACCACAUGAGCAACUUAUCCCAGCAGGUGAACACGUUUGAUCCUGAGUGCCGGCUGCUGCGGGAUAGGUACCCGAAGCCGCUCAUCUUCCACGACGGCCACCUCGCAUUCCUCCCGACCCCCUCCGCCGUGCUUGCUUUCUUCCUCUUCCCCCCGCUCGGCGUCACCCUCUCCGUUAUCCGCAUCUCCAUCGGCAUCGUGGUUUCCUACAAGAUUAGCUUCAGUGCCGGCGCCGUCUUCGGCGUCCGUUUCCGCACGUCCGGCCUCCGCGCCCUGGAACCCGGCGUCAAGCGCAGGGGCAUCCUGUACGUGUGCACGCACCGGACGCUGGUCGACCCGAUCAUGCUCACCGCCGCGCUGCAGAAGCCCGUGCCCACCAUGACGUACAGCCUCAGCCAGCUGUCCGAGAUCAUCGCGCCCAUCAGCACGGUGCGGCUGACGCGCGACCGGGUGCGUGACGCCGAGACGAUGUCGUGCCUGCUGGAGCAUGGUGACCUCACGGUCUGCCCCGAGGGCACCACCUGCCGUGAGCCGUACCUGCUGUGGUUCAGCCCGCUGUUCGCGGAGCUGGCCGACGACAUGGAGCCCGUGGUGCUGGACGUGCAGGUGACGACGCUGUACGGCACGACGGUGAGCGGCCACAAGUGGCUGGACCCCGUGGUGUUCUUCGCCAACCCGCAGCCCGCGUACCGGUUGGAAUUCCUGGGCGCCGUGCCACGCGAGUGGCCCCGCACCGGGGGCAGGCCCGGCACCGAGGUGGCCAACUGGGUGCAGCGGCGGCUCGGCGAGGCGCUUAGGUACGAGUGCACCGGGCUGACCCGCCGCGACAAGUACAUGAUGUUCGCCGGCAACGACGGUGUGGUCGCCAAGUAGAGUGGGUGCGCCCCAUCUGCUCCUGUCGUUAUGCAUACUUGCAUGCUCUGUAACCAAAUUAUCAAAAUUAGUUACUGUAAUAUGC